GGUAAAGUCGCCGGUCAGGCACGGCUGUGAUCCCGCCCUCGCCCAGCCAUUGGCCGAGGCUAAGCCGAGAGGGGUGGUGGUUCGCUCUGUGUCUCCCGAGUACGCGAACCGGAAGCGCCUCUUGCUCCAGCUGGUUGUCAUUUCUGUGUGUGCUCGGUCCUGACUAGAAGGACGGGGAGGAGCAGCGGAGACGGACAGAGACGCACCUAGAGGGAGCCUAAUCCCCCUCCCCGAGACCGACACAGAGACCCCCCCAAUCCCCCUACCUCCUUCUUCUUCCCUCAGACUGUCCUCCGCUCGUUUCUGUCACACCGGGGCCGAGCUGUCACCGGGGCGGGGGAGCAGAGCCAACCAUAUGCUGUAAUGUCACAGAGAGGCGAGCUGCAGCGCUAGGCACGUCGUGUGAAGAGAUCGCCUGUGAGGAGAAAGAGGCUGUCACCGGAGCGCUGGCUUCAUGAGGUAACUGGGGGUCGUGGGUGAGGGUGGUGGGAUCCUUAUACACAGACGUCAUCUUACUGAGCUGUGUCUUCUCUGUGACUGAUGGGCAGGGAGCUGAGAGGAGGAGGACAGACCGAGAAGAUCAUCAGGCCCCUGCUCUCCAUGGACUGAAGCACAGCCAGACUUCACUCAACCAAAGAUCCAAAGGGUAGACCCCAGCCCGUCCCCUCCCAGGAUCACCACUAGAAGGGCCUCAUAGAAGCACAGCAGAAGAGACCCCAUCACCGCCGUUGUCUUUGCUCCUGUCUUUCGGAAUAAAUGGGGGAUUACGGGUUCGGAGUGCUGGUGCAGAAUAACACCGGGAACAAGUCGGCUUUCCCCGUCAGAUUUCACCCGCAUCUGCAGCCCCCUCACCACCAUCAGAACGCCACCCCUAGCCCCGCAGCUUUCAUCAACAACACCGCCGCCAAUGGCAGCAGCGCCAGUUCGGCUUGGCUCUUUCCCGCCCCGGCCGCCCAUAACAUUCAGGAUGAGAUUCUGGGCUCUGACAAAUCCAAGUCUCAACAGGAACAGCAAGAGUCUCUGGAAAAACAGCAGCUUUCCCCUAGCCAAAACCAGGAAGCGGGGAUCCUCCCCGACUCCGAGAAGGUAAAAGCCGAGGAGAACCAAGGAGACAGCUCAUCGGAAAACGGAAAGGAAAAAAUAAGAAUAGAGUCUCCCGUCUUGACGGGUUUUGAUUACCAAGAGGCGUCGGGGCUGGGGUCUUCUAACCAGACCCUGACUUCUUCUGCUUCCCCCCUGACGGGUUUCAGUAAUUGGUCGGCUGCUAUUGCCCCUUCUUCUAACACUAUGAUCAAUGAGGAUGCCAGUUUCUUUCACCAGGGAGGGGUCACAGCUGCUUCGGCAAAUAAUGGUGCUUUGCUGUUCCAAAAUUUCCCACACCACGUCAGCCCUGGCUUCGGAGGUAGCUUCUCUCCACAGAUCGGACCCAUGUCUCAACAUCACCCCCACCACCCACAUUUUCAGCAUCAUCACAACCAACACCAACAGCAAAGGAGGUCCCCUGCCAGCCCCCACCCACCCCCUUUCCCCCACAGAAAUGCUGCUUUUAACCAACUACCCCAUUUGGCCAACAAUCUUAAUAAACCCCCCUCCCCGUGGAGCAGCUACCAAAGCCCAUCCCCUACACCAUCCUCUUCAUGGAGCCCAGGCGGUAGUGGGUACGGAGGAUGGGGUGGCUCCCAAGGUAGGGACCACCGCCGAGGACUUAAUGGAGGAAUAACACCCUUGAAUUCAAUCUCUCCCUUAAAGAAGAAUUUUGGGAAUAACCACAUCCAGUUGCAGAAGUACGCCAGGCCCAACUCUGCCUUUGCACAAAAAUCUUGGAUAGAAGACAGCUUGAACCGAGCCGACAACAUCUUUCCUUUUGCGGAUCGCACCAGAACAUUUGACAUGCAUUCACUGGAAAGCUCCCUGAUCGACAUAAUGAGAGCAGAAAAUGAUUCACUGAAAGCAAGGACAUAUGGGCGAAGGAGAGGCCAGUCCUGUCUGUUUCCAAUGGAAGAUGGCUUUUUGGAUGACGGUCGAAGUGAUCAAACCCUACACAGUGGCUUGGGGUCUCCUCACUGUUUUCCACACCAGAAUGGUGAAAGAGUUGAACGCUAUUCCCGCAAAGUGUUUGUAGGUGGUUUGCCACCUGACAUCGAUGAAGAUGAAAUCACAGCCAGUUUUCGUCGGUUUGGUCCUCUGAUCGUGGAUUGGCCACAUAAGGCAGAAAGCAAAUCUUAUUUCCCACCAAAAGGCUAUGCAUUCUUGCUGUUCCAAGAUGAAAGUUCUGUGCAGGCCCUGAUUGAUGCUUGCAUUGAAGAGGAUAGUAAACUCUACCUGUGUGUGUCAAGCCCUACCAUUAAAGACAAGCCUGUUCAGAUCCGGCCCUGGAAUCUUAGUGACAGUGACUUUGUGAUGGAUGGCUCUCAGCCUCUCGAUCCACGGAAAACAAUUUUUGUUGGAGGCGUCCCACGACCUCUGCGAGCUGUGGAGCUAGCUAUGAUUAUGGACCGCCUAUAUGGAGGUGUAUGCUACGCUGGCAUAGACACAGACCCGGAGUUAAAAUACCCCAAGGGAGCUGGGCGAGUUGCCUUUUCCAAUCAACAGAGUUAUAUAGCUGCUAUCAGCGCCCGCUUCGUUCAGCUGCAGCAUGGAGAAAUUGAUAAGCGGGUGGAGGUGAAGCCAUAUGUCUUGGACGACCAGCUGUGUGAUGAGUGUCAAGGAGCUCGCUGCAGUGGCAAGUUUGCUCCGUUCUUCUGUGCUAAUGUUACCUGUCUGCAGUAUUACUGUGAAUAUUGCUGGGCUGCUAUCCACUCGCGUGCUGGCCGGGAGUUCCACAAGCCGCUGGUGAAGGAGGGAGGAGAUCGCCCAAGGCAUAUUUCAUUCCGUUGGAAUUGAACCACCCAUUGCUUAACUUCCUUCCAAGGAUCCAAAUAAGUGCACUCUUCUGUUCUCUUAACCCUCCUCCCUCCUACCAUCCUUAGGAAAGCAUGUCCUCUUGUUGUAGUAUGUAUUUUAACAAUAGUAUACUGAAAGAAUGACCUACACCAUAGGUAUUUGUAAAGUCUUGUGUCAUUGAGAUCUGUAUUGGAAAGCCUUUUUGUUCAUAACAAUAUCACUCUGAUGCAUGCAUGUUUCAUGCUGUCCUCAUCGAAAACCAAGGGAACAGGGAGACUGCAACUAAUAUUAUUAUUAUUAUUAUUAUAUUUUUUUUAUUAUUAUUCUAAGAGAAGAGUUUGAGAGCUUGCAACUAGAUAAUUAUUAAGAAAAGAAAACCAGAGUAUUUUUUUUAAUUAAAUUAUUGUUAAAGAAAAUUAACAGAAGGAUACUGUUAAUGUAACCAUGCAACCACAGUAACACUAUUGGUCUGUUUGACACAGCUUAUUUUUUACUAGGGGGGAUUUUUUUAUUUCCUAUUUAUUGGGGAUUGUUUUGUUGUUUUUUUAUUUUUGUUAUUUUUUUUUGUUUUUUUUUUGUUUGCUUUUUACCUUUUUAGUGGAAGUUAGUAAUUGCCUAUUGUGAAAAUAAAUAACCCACACAAAAAAGCAAGAGAAAAGUGAAAGCAGCGGUGUAUGUGAACAUGUGUAUGUGAAAGGGUAAAGCAAAGGCAUAUGCCUCCAAUAUUUAUCUUUUUCUAUUAACUCAUUGUCACUUUUUUCUUUCGGUUUGGCAUCUACAUAACUGGCUGAAUCUCCUUAGAGCUCUGAAGUAUUUUAAGCGUGGGCUAUUUAAGCUUUUUAAGAAUGUAAAUGUUGAGUGAAGUUACUACUGAGGGGAGUGCACUUAUUUAUUUAUUUUUUCAGUGAAAAAAAAAAUCUAAAAACGAAAAAAAAAAAAAAUCUACCGAGUAACACAGUAUCAGUUCAUCCAUGUUCCCCGUACAGAAAAAAAAUCCUACCAAAGCUGAAAGAAGUAAAAUUACAAAAGGCAGUUUUUUUUUGUUUUUUUUUUUCUGCUCAGAAAGAACAAAUGUAUAGAUUUUAUUUUUUGAUGCUUAAUAUAUAUCUAUAGUCCUAACUUUCUUAACCUAGAUCAGGUGCCAGCUUCUGUUCUCCAUUUUGACACCGAACACUUGAAAGAUACCUCAAAGAUGGAAUUGGAUGUUUGUAACGCCUCCGGUCUGGUAUUCUGGACAUUAACAGAGGAGUCCAUUCUUGCUUAUGUAACCCCUUUGCUGUCUGAGAGUAUAGUGGCAGCAAACAUCAGUUUCUCAUAAGUCAUGCAGAUGCAUUCUUACCCUUUGAACGUCAAAGGACCAAUGAAGGGCUUCCCUCAGCAUAAAGUCACUUUACACACCUGCUUCUUCUGCUUGGCUAUGGGUAGUGCUGUGAAAUGUUACCUAGUGAGCCUAGAAAAUACGCUCUGUACUGUAUGGAUGCCUGUCCAUAUAUGCUUUGCAGGUGAUGACUGUAUCUCACUGUAGUAGUCGUUACUUUUACUUUAAAUGUCCCCUCCCUACUAGCCACAGUUCGUAGAAUAUAAUUCGCUAAGAUAUAAUUAUUUCUAAAUGAAACGCUUUCCAUUCUGAGCUAGCUUGUGCAGAGUUUGGCUAAGGAACUUUCAGUACCUAGUUAUAAAGCCUUUGGCACUGUAGACUUUAAGCUGCUUAUACCGCUGAAUAAUCUUGAUGCCUUAACUCUUUACAGGCCAAGUAACUUAGCCAGCAGUUAUCUUUGCCAGCUGUUAAAGGGGUACUCCACUGCCCCGGCAUUCGGAACAUUUUGUUCCGAUUGCUUGGAGCAGGCGGCGGGGGUUGUGAAGCCACGGCCCUACGUGAAGUCACGCCACACACCCUCAAUGCAAGUCUAUGGGAGGGGGCGUGGUGUGACUUCACGAGGGGGCGUGGCCAUGACAACACCCACACCCCCUCCCAUAGAUGUCACCACGCACCCAGCGUUCUAAACACUGCACAGAGAUCGUGGGGGUCCCAGCUGCGGUACCCCCGCGAUCAGACAUCUUAUCCCCUAGCCUUUGGAAAGGGGAUAAGAUAUCUAGGGGCGGAGUACCCCUUUAAGGUAUAAGAACAUUGAAGAUGGUUUCAGAAUAAUUAUAUUUAGUGGUACUGUAGGAGGGAGGCUGGGUGUUUUUUUUUAUUUACAUUUUUUACUUUUUUAGUCAGUAGCAAGCACUGCCCUGUAUGUUCAAGCAGAGGUAUCCUUUAUAUCCAAUGUGCAAUAUUGUUAUGCUUAGAAUAUUUGCUGCUACCCAUCACACAAAUGUGCAUUACGAGUGACCUCAACACCUUUUUAAGGACAUCUUGAGAAAAAAGUUACAUAUGUAUGUAUAUAUACCAGGAACUGCACACUUCUUCUAGUUCCUAGUUCAUGCAGUAUGUGAUGCUGUUUUUGCUAAAGUAGAAGCAGUGAUGUUUUUGGCUGAUAUGGUGAGACACUAGGUCAGCGUUUCACAACCAGGGUGCCUCCAGGUGUUGCAAAACUACAACUUCCUGCUAGCCUGGACAGCCACAGGCUGUCCAGGCAUGCUGGGAGUUGUAGUUUUGCAACAUCUGGAGGCGCCUUGGUUGGGAAACUCUGCACUAGGUGCUUGAAACAUCAAGAUUUGUGAUUAUUUGUUCACCUUGAAAUAUGCAUCUCUCCAGUGUAUAUAGUCCACAGGUUCACGUGCAUGGCAUUUGUCACUAGGAUUGACCCUUUAAAGGAGGGCAAUCACACACCUUUUAGACUAGCCGGUGAUUUUGCACUCACUAUAUGGCUUCCUGAAAUGCAGAUGUGAUGCCAGCGAUAUAAGCAGAGCUUUACCCCAUGAGUAAAUCCCAUCAAUCAGUCCCUUAACUUGUCCAAAGCAGCUAUUUGAGGGUCACUUCAGGGGCCACAGCCAUUGCUCAUAAGCAGGUCAGACAUCCAAGUAGUUCAUGCGAAGGCAGCGCAUUAUCCUGGUGACAGAUGCCCUUCAAUGUGAAUAGUCUGGAUUUAAGAGCUGAUGCAUAGAUCAGUAUGGCAAUAAUUGCAUAUAAUUUAGCAGAGGUUUGCAGAUUUUUAUUCUUGAAUUGCUGCUGUGAAAGGCGAGAUUUGCAGAGGCUUAUUCCAUGAGCUUAUAUGGCAGUUUUUAACCUGGUGCUGUCUGACUGCAAAAGGGUUACAAUAACUUCUUGCUGCAAGCUUAUAGAGGCAAGUACUAGCGCAGAUAACUGACCUUUCUAUUUUUAUUUUAUUUUUUAAACGCUGCAGAUGUAACUAGAUGUUUUAAAAUGCCCAAGCACAUUGCUUCCUAACAAUGCUGUCACAGGUUGUGGAAACCAAAGACUUGCUUCAGUGCUGCUGCUUAACUCUUGAGGAGCCCCCUCUGUUAUUACCAAAUUUCAACUUCCAAAAUGAGAUCUUUAGAAAGAAGAGAAAACAAAAUAGAAUAUUGAGGUAUUUGAAAUUUCAUCGAGGGAGCCAGAGCCUUCCUCCCUUUCCCCUCAGCAUUAACGUUACUAAACAAUGCACUUGCCUUUAUUAUUAUUAUUCUCUGUAUUCUUCUGUUAUACUGUGCAUCGCUACCAUCAGAGGGGUAUGGUAAGGCCAUGUUCACACGUCAGAAUUUCCGUGCCGGAUUCAAAUGCGGAGAUUUCGCUGCAGCAGAUUCCGGUUGAAUUCCUGUGCGGUCCUAGCGCCCCACAGUGUCCGGAUUGUCUGCACGGAGAUUGUCUGUGCUGACAUUCCAACGUGUGAACGUAGCCUGAGUAUGUUUCGAAAUGGAGACAUUUGCUGAUGGUUCUAGAGAACUCUUGAGAGGAGCUGCUUACAAAACCAAUCCCUGUCCUGAAAUGACAAAAGUAAUUUCUAUAGGUGGGUGCUCUUGUAUACAUCUAGUCAACAGAUUGACAGAUUGUUUGUUUUAAUCCUUUUAUCUGCUGAAAGUGAGUGUAGGCUUGGGGUGUGCUAGAGUGCCAUUCCUACCAGUAAACAGUGGCAAAAACUUAACCUUUUCAUUGCUAAAUGUUUGCACAACAAUGCCCAACAGUCCCUUAUGUAUCCACGACACAAUAGUCUGAACGGCUUUGAGUGGACUCCACCUUGGCAUGGAAAAGGUUAACGCCGGAAAUAAACCACUGUUUGGAAGCUAGCUUUGAAGAAUAUUUUUCUCUUUAUUUCCCUUUGUACAUGACCUGCUGACUUUCGGUACAGUGUUUUUGUAGCUAACUUAUUUUUGUCAUGCACAUAUUGUACACUUGUUAUGCACUAAUUUUAUAUAUCUUAUGUUUCCAGCAGUGAGCAUUUAGGCCCACUUUUCACUGGCGGGAUAUCUCUUUAUGCAAUACCUCAAUUUUUCAUAUUGCAAAGAGUAGCUUUUUGUACUUUUAUUACGGAGAGAUCUUCAUAUAACUUCAUUUUUUAAGAUAAAUAAUUUUAAUAAAUUUUUAUUUUCUUAUUCUGCUUUUUAUACAUUUCAGUGCCCUGCAUACAUUAUGAAUGAUGGAUGUUGCGCACUGGUAAUGCUACUUCAGAACCUGCAGAGAUACAAAGCACGUGGCUUCAAAUAUGCUAGCCCACACCAAACAUUUGGUGGAUGUUUAAGUUAAAGAUGUUCUAGAUCCAAUAUUGAGGAGAUGUAUAAAAAAAUAAAUAAAUAAGAAAUCGCAUGAACAAGACAAUUUAAUCUACUCUUAUAGUCCCUUGGAAAAAUGCAUAAAAAAAAAAAUUGUAGCAUAAAAAUUAAAAAGUUAAAGUAACAACUGAAAAUGUAUUCUGCUUCUUCAUAUUUCUCAUUUUUUAAAGAAGUGAAAAAAAUAUAUAUAUAUACAAAUUGCAAAUUUUUUUGGUGAAUGUUUAGCCAUUUUACAUAUUACCGAAAUUAAUGUUAGGUGUUUUAUAUUGCAGACAAGUCUGCAGUUUAGAAAAAAAAAUAUCUUAAAAAAAAAAAAAAAAAAAAGUUUUAAGUGGAAUAAAAAAAAAAUUAAGAAAUAAAACCCAUACCUUCGGGUUUCAGAUGUGUAAUGUUAGUAUGCAUGACUAAUAUAAGGAAAAAAAAAAAUCUAGUUAUUCUACUAAUAUUCACUUGUUGUUAUUGUGUGAAAAGCGUGUUUACAGAUACAGACUUGGUAACACUUUAAUUUACAGAGCAUAAAGUCCCAUGACCUUACUCCAUUGUACGGACUCAUGGCUUUAGUAUAACGUAUGCUAGUAGAUAAUCGACCUCUUCGGCUAUUAUUCGGCACCUCAGUUUAUUAGCUGGGGCUAAGCAUGUGAUAUAUAGCAUAAGUCCUUGUCUCUUCACAUGCCAGGAGUUUUUGGUUUUCUGUAACCUGCUUUCUUCAGAAUAAGCCUUUCUAGCAUUGAGUGCAGUGCUUGUACCUGUAGCUGAAAAGCAGCCCUGUCAUCACGUCGGGGCACGAACACGAUCCUCUUCUGCACUGUAAUACAGAAAGGCAUUAGUUUUCGUUUCCACGUGACGGAAACCCCCUCACUGCCCAAUGCUUUGGCCUAGUAUAUACUUCUCCAUACACAGACCUCUGCAUAAUGCAAGUUAAUGUGUUUGCAGUGAAUGACCAGCAUUUUCUAAGAAGAAAUGCUGUUGGAAAGACUUGAUAAUCCCACCUUUUUUUAUUAUUGUUUUUCUUUUUGUUUUGUUUUGUUUUUCUUUUAAAUUUUUUUAUGUUUUUAUUGCUUUGAAGAGUUUAAGCCUUCUGUUUAAAAGGUGAUUUAAAACUUGAAUAUGAUAAUAUAUUGUGGCGAGUUGAACUUCAAGUUGUUAUGUGCAAUACUUAUUUCUGACUUUUGAGAGAUCUUUGCAGUGUAAUUCUUCAUUGUUUUUAAUUGCAGGCAUUUAAAGAUGUCGUUUUCUACUGUUCUAGUAAUCCUCUUUCUUGCUGGUGUUUCUAAAGAAAAGAAUCAGAAAUCAAUCUUUCUACUAAUGUAAAACUGAGAUUAUUUUUUAAAAAAAUGGAAUAAAAGAGGUUUUGGUCAUUGGCGUUAUUUUGUUACCUUCUUUUAACAUCUGACGUCAGGGAGGAUCUUGAGGCUUUUUAAGACUUGUGCCCCUCCAGACAGUCAGGGUUUAAAGCUACUGUGAUUGAUAACAUUGUAAGAAUUGGGACAAUAUUGUAUUCAAUUGUUUUAUUUUUUAUAUUUUUAAAUUUGAAAGCAUAAUUAGUUUUUAUAAUUUUCAUCAGAUUCCUUUGUUAUAUUUUUUUGAAAGUGAAAUUAUUAUUAUUAUAUUAUUAACAAGUGGGUGUCUAGUUUUUACUAAUCCCUAAUGUUAUCUUCUUUUCCAUUGUAUUGCUCAUUUACCAGAAGGAAAAAAAGUUAUUUAAGUAUGUCAGUUAAUUGUACCACUUGGCUGAAUUUACACAUAGUUUUUACUGUGUAUGGGGAGGUUGUAGUAUUUAUUAUAGCAUUUUAAAUAAAGAUAAUUCAUUUUUUUAUUAAAGUCAUUUUCACUUUUAAGUUCAUAUUUUUGUAUGUUUUACUCUAAUUAAGUUAUAUAACACAAGUUCUUUUUUUAAAGAGUUCAUUUGUUGAAGUGCUAGUGAAAAAUUAAUGUUAUUAAAUAGUUUGCAAAUGACUAUUUAUACCAGUAUGCAUAUAAUUUUUAAAUAUUUGUAAUGUGAGAUGUUGAAUGAAUAAACUUUUAAC